GGUAAACACGUCCAGACGGCUCGGAUGAUCACAGCUCAUGCUGGUCCGUGUAUUCGGAACUGAAGUUCAUCAUUUUUACGGCAUUUUAACAGACUCGUGCACAGUGCACAUUGAGUGAACGGGACCGGGCGGCGGAUCUCUCAUCCUCUUUCUCUUCAGCAGGCUGAUAAGGAGACACAGAUGGACAACAGGAACUCGUCUGAUGACAAGCCCGUUCAGCGCUCUAAGUCUUUCAGUUUCAAGACACAGAGCGAAACGUGCGCAUCAUGUGAAAAGACCGUGUACCCAAUGGAGAAACUGGUGGCCAACAACCUCAUUUUUCACAACACGUGCUUUUGCUGCAAGCACUGCAACACCAAACUCAGUCUGGGAUCCUACGCUGCCUUGCAGGGGGAGUUCUACUGCAAGCCGCAUUUCCAGCAGCUCUUCAAGAGUAAAGGAAACUAUGACGAGGGCUUCGGCCGCAAGCAGCAUAAGGAGCUCUGGUCCUCCUCCAAGGAUGCUGAGAGCAUCACCAAGACGUCAUAAUCUUCAGUGAUUUCCAAAGCUCAACCUGACCAAUGAUUACGGCCCUUUAUAUACUCUGCCCACAUACACGCUUACACUUAUUUUGAGCACACGGUUGAGUCGGCACUCUUCAUGAUAUCACACAAUCGCAGAUACCAACCUUGAUACAGUAGUUUAUAAACUUCUUUUAUUUUUUGGAUGUUUGCUCUUGUUUAGUUCCUUUUUCAUUUUAAUUAGCCUUAGCUAGCAUCAUAUGUUUAUAUAUAUAUAUAUAAUUUUUUAGUAUUUCUUUUAUACCUUAUACUGUGGAGAUAAUCCACGGUGAACGGUUUGUUGAUUGUGACCAAACUCUAUAAAUCUCCCAUUCUUGAUUUGGCAGUACUAGUAUUGGUUUGUUUGUUUUGUUGUAAGAUUGGUUCUGAGAUGAAAUGCUUGCAUGGUUUAGAUUUUACACUCAGGUAAACAAUUCUAGGGUGUUGCAUCAAAGUGAUUCUAUAAUUUUGAUUGUAAAAGUGUUUUUAUAAUUUUAUUAUUUUCCUUUUACUUGUGUUACAGCAAUCAAUACUGAUUUUAGACUGUAUGGCCUAACAGUUUUCCUUUCCAGCUUUAUUUUGCUUUGUUGGCGCAGGGUAUUUUAUCUGUGAAUCUACAGGGUACACUGUACUGUAAAUAACUCUCAUUUGAGUUUGUUUCAUCCCAUUCCCUCUUUGUUUUUUAUUUGGCAUCCCUCUACACUUUUCUGCCCUUUUGUUUUUAGUGGCUUAAAUAUUAUUAUACAGAUUCUGUAAGAGCGGUCUCUGCGUCGUUUUAAUCAAAUAAUACUUUAUUUAAAAAAUCAUAAGGCUCAUUUAUAAAAUCUAAUUUUGUUAGACAGCAUUUACUUGUGAUACUUGAGCCAUUGUUAUGCCCUUAUGCCAGUUAAUUGGGCAACAGUCUUUUAUAUUUCUUUUCUGACGCCCUCUAGUGGUUUUGGAUGAUAUUUUUUGUUGUUGGACCCAACAUCAUAAUGGUCUCUUAGCUUUAGUGUCUUGAUGCCAUCUAGUAAUUUUAUAUGUCUGUACAUCUGCUUAUUACACUCGUUUAGUCUUAGGUUGAGGAAUGACUGCAGAUAAUUUCUGCUGACCGCACAUUAUAAAGUUUUUUGAUUUCUUGCACAGGCAUUUGUACAUUGGUACCACUAAGCAGAGUGAAUGUACUUUGAUGCACUGUACUGUACUUAUAUCUGCAUGGGACCAAGCUUGUACGACAAAUUAAGAUAUUUACAGGGAACUAGGUCUCAGAGGAAAUGACAUUUUUAAGAUGCUUCACGCCAUUGCCUUUCCCCCCUUUUCCACAACUUCCUCUCAUAUCAUGGUUUUGGCUUUUUCCUGUGGGCAUCUCUGUGACAGGGUUUCAUGGGGACUUUGCGAGUACAUACUUAACGGUGUGGCUCCUAAGCAUUGCUCAGGAAUAUAGAUGGAUCACAAUGAUCCAACUGUGUAAUCCUCAGUGUUUGUUGGUCACUUGAACUUUUAUGUUCAGAUAUUUUUCGCACUCUAAAAUAGGCAAAUUGUAAGUGCUCAUCUGUGAAAGCUGGAGAACAGGAAGGUGGUUACUGUAAAUGUAAAUUUAAAUGAACACUUCCACAUGAGCGGUUUUAUGUGCACAUUUAUAUGUCAACGUGAAACUGUGACUUUGCAUCUCGUGAUUUGUCACUGUGGACAUUUUAUGUGACUUUAUAACCUGUGACCUUUCUAGUGGUUUGUGUAAAAAGAGCAUUGAUGUGAUGUUUCUUUUAAAGAUUGAAAUGCCUCUGUGUUUAAAUUCUGUUGUGUUUUGUAGUAAACCAAUGGUAGAGACAGGUAUUCUGAUAUGUUAAAUGCCAUAAGGAAGUGGUCUGUUGAUAAUUUUGUUACUAGUUUAGGUUUUCUGAUAAUGGGUUGUGAAUUUGUAGUAUCCUGUCUGCCUUCAAGUGCAAUGGCCUUUUGUUUGUAUGUUUAAGGAGAUGCUAUAAUAGCCAUUGAGAAUCAUCCAAAUGUUUUCAUCAACUUCAAUACUACAAAAGUCCCUCUGUAUAUAUAUUUAGGAUUACUGUGAAAUUGAUAUGCAUUGUGACAUUUAGAGGAAUUAUCAGCAGGUCUUGAACAGGAAUAAUAUUUUCGUAUUAAGCCUUAAUUUUAGUUUCAAAUGCUUCGUGAGAACAUGUUUUAUUUUUUAUUUUUUAGCUUCCUAUUAAUAUUUUCUCUAGUUUUGAAUUCUGCAGGUAUUGAAAGUCCUCUUAACAAGCUAAAGGAUGCACCUUUUUAAUGAUUUGGCCAUAUUUUUUUCUCUUCCUUAUAUGCUUUUAUUCUAUAAAACAAACUUUUCAAUGGACGCACAUCACUGUGUUUUACAUAAAUUUUUAAUGUAUUUGCACAGAAGUGUGCCAAGGUACAGAUUACACAAUUCCCAUGCAUACACUUGGAGUCUUUUAUAAACUACCAGAACAAAAAAGUAUAAAAGGUACGUUUCACUUUGCUGUUUUCUGAUGGAUUUCUAGUUCUUGAAGUGUGUGAGUGUGUCUUUUUAAGCGUAUGGAUAUGUAGGAUUGCAAAAGAUUAUUUUCAAAUGCAGUUUACAUUGUCCUCAUGUGUUGACUGAGCAGAGAUCAAUGCAUGCAAAGUGUAUUUUGCUAAAACUUCAUCAGCAGAACAGGUGGCCUUAAAGCAGAAGGAGGUCUUGGCUCUUAUCCUCAUCAGGUUUAAUUUUUGUCUUUGUACUUUUAUCAUCCCUCCAAUUCAACUGCUGUUCUGCCCCCCCCACCAUUUUAUUCAGUUGCACAAAUUUUCAUUUUUGUACAUGCUUUUUCGAAAAAAAUAAAUAAUUGGUAUGCUGGUG